UGGUACAAGCAGCCUAAAAGAAGUGUUUAGCAAUCGGUCACCUAGUCAAAGAGUUCUAGACCCUUUGGCCCACCUUUCACACUUUCAAAAUUUGUCAAUUCAUUUCAGUUUUCACAUGUAAAGCAAGACGACUAAUGUGACCAAGAUCUUGGGCAAGAAAGAAAAGAAGAAUCAAAAUUGGUUCUGUGAAGUUAAUUUUGGCACCCCUAUCACAUGAGAAUAUCUUUGAACUAGAAGCAGAGCAGCUCAUUAGUUAGGCAACCAAACGAAAAAACCAUGAAAGGCAUUGCAAGACUUUUCUUCUUCUUCUUCUUCUUCUUCUUCACGGUUUCUAAUGGUGCAGAUAUCGUAGCUGUAAACCAGACAAUCUCAGAUGGUGAGACUAUAGUUUCAGCUGGGAACAACUUUGAACUGGGAUUCUUCAGCCCCAAAAGUUCAAGUUUGCGUUAUGUAGGAAUAUGGUACAAGUUCUCUAAUGAGACUGUGGUUUGGGUCGCCAACAGAGAAGCACCACUCAAUGACACAUCUGGAGUUUUGCAAGUUACCAGCAAGGGAAUCCUGGUCCUCCAUAAUUCAACAAAUGUUGUUUUGUGGUCUACUAACACAUCAAGACAGCCCCAGAAUCCAGUGGCUCAGCUUUUGAAUUCAGGAAAUCUUGUUGUUAGGGAAGCAAGCGAUACCAACGAGGAUCAUUACUUAUGGGAGAGUUUUGACUACCCAGGUAACGUGUUUUUGCCAGGCAUCAAUUUUGGCAGGAACUUGGUUACUGGCCUUGAUACGUACUUGGUGUCAUGGAAAAGCUCUAAUGAUCCUUCAUUGGGUGAUUCAACAACUAGGCUUGAUCCUGGUGGAUAUCCACAGAUUUAUAUCAGGGUUGGUGAGAACAUAGUCUUCCGAUCAGGACCAUGGAAUGGUGUUAGAUUCAGUGGGAUGCCUAAUUUGAAACCGAACCCGAUUUACACUUAUGGGUUUGUUUACAAUGAGAAGGAGAUUUGUUACAGGUAUGAUCUGACGGACAGUUCAGUUGUUUCGCAUAUGUUGCUGACCAAUGAAGGAAUUUUGCAGCGUUUCACCUGGACUAAUACCACAAGGACAUGGAAUCUGUACUUGACAGCCCAGAUGGAUAAUUGUGAUAGGUAUGCAGUAUGUGGUGCAUAUGGAAGUUGUAACAUCAACAAUUCUCCUCCUUGCGCGUGCUUGAAAGGGUUUCAACCAAAAUCUCCUCAAGAAUGGGAAUCUGGGGAAUGGUCUGGAGGAUGUGUUAGGAAGAAUGAAUCAAUUUGCAGGGCAGGAGAGGGGUUUCAGAAGGUACCAAGUGUGAAAUUGCCAGAUACAAGGACAUCCUCGUUUAAUUGGACAAUGGACUUUGUAGAAUGCCGAAGGGUGUGCUUGAUGAAUUGUUCUUGUACAGCCUAUUCAACUUUGAAUAUCACAGGUGGAUCUGGAUGCUUGCUUUGGUUUGAGGAGCUUCUUGAUAUCAGAGAGUACACUGUAAAUGGGCAAGAUUUUUACAUUAGAUUAUCUGCCUCUGAUUUAGAGCCAACCAGCAGACCUAAGAGAAAGACGCGAGUGUGGAUUAUAGCCAUCUGUUCAUUGGUUGCUGGAGUUACCAUUCUAGGCGUUGGCCUGCUGUUUCUGAUGAGGAGGAAGCCUAAGACAGUAGGAAAGAUGGUUUCAAUGAGAGAAAGAGACAUAAUUGAUAGCACCGAUAAAGAUCUAGAGUUGCCAGUAUUUGACUUCGCAACCAUAGCAAUUGCCACUGGCAAUUUCUCAGAUGACAAUAAGCUUGGAGAGGGUGGAUACGGACCUGUCUACAAGGGCACGCUUAAAGAUGGGAAAGAGGUAGCUGUAAAGAGGCUUUCAAAGACUUCCACACAAGGACUUGAUGAAUUCAAAAACGAAGUUAUAUGCAUUGCGAAACUUCAACAUCGAAAUCUUGUGAAACUUCUUGGUUGCUGCAUUGAAUCUGAAGAAAAAAUGUUGGUCUAUGAAUACAUGCCCAACGGAAGCUUGGAUACCUUCAUCUUUGAUAAAAAUCAGAGCAAAUUAUUGGAAUGGUCUAUGAGGCACCACGUUAUCAAUGGGAUUGGCCGUGGACUUCUUUAUCUACAUCAAGAUUCCAGGCUAAGGAUCAUCCAUAGAGAUCUUAAAGCCAGCAAUAUAUUGCUGGACUUUGAAAUGAACCCAAAAAUCUCAGAUUUUGGCAUGGCCAGGAGUUUUGGUGGAAAUGAAAUUCAGGGAAACACAAAAAGAGUGGUUGGAACAUAUGGCUACAUGGCUCCAGAGUACGCAAUUGAUGGGCUCUUUUCUAUAAAGUCCGAUGUAUUUAGCUUUGGUGUUUUGGUGCUAGAGAUAGUAAACGGGAAGAGAAACAGAGGAUUUUGUCAUCCAGACCACAAGCACAACCUUCUUGGUCAUGCAUGGAGACUUUACAAGGAACAGAAGUCAUUCGAGUUGAUCGACGAAUCUUUAAACAAUACCUGCGAUUUAUCUGAAGUCAUGCGAGUGAUCCAAGUCGGUUUACUGUGUGUGCAACAAGCUCCGGAGGACAGGCCUACUAUGUCAACUGUGGUGCUAAUGUUAACCAGUAACAUUACAUUGCCUGAACCAAAAGAGCCUGGAUUUUUCACAGAAAGGAAGUUAUUUGAUCAAGAGUCUUCAUCUAGCAAGGUGGAUUCGUGUUCCGCAAAUGAGAUUACUAUUACACUGUUAACUGCUCGAUGACAGACAAUUUUGUGUUUUUUUUAUUCAUGUUUGUAUAAAUUAUAUCAAUGAGAGGUGUAUAUUCUUCA